AUGGGAGUGCCACAAUCACCUGAGCUUCAACCAUCCACUCCCAGCAACUUAAAAUAUGUCUACCUGCAGAAGGACCCAAUCGUUGCAGAGAGCACACCCGACACACCAUUGAGAGAAGGCCCAGUGCCCAAGUUGUCGGUGCUCAGCUUCUUCACAUAUAGGAAGUAUGAGCGCGAGCUCCGAUACGAGCCGUCGAUAAUGGACGACCUGUCGACGGACGGCGGCAUUGGCAUUGGCGGCAGCGGUGGCUUCCAGUCGAACGAGUACCCCACCUACGCCUUUGACACCAGCAGCAACAGCAGCGCCGGCAGCAGUGGCGGUGGCAGCGCGGUCAGCAGCGACGACGACAGUGGCUCCGAGAAGGAGUAUCGCGUCGACAUCACCUAUCUGAGUCCGGUCGUGGAGAAAGAGGUCGACCUGAAGCUGAGGCCACAAUACAGGAAACCCUUUGACUCCACCAUAUAUCCAUAUUCUCCUGUUCAUUCCGACACCACCUUCUCGAUUCUGGUGGCUGUCGUCUGUAUAUUCGCUCUGGUCUACGCAUUCAUUGUUGGACCUUUGCCAAUCAUAUUUGCAUUCCUUGUAUCGAUAUUAAUCAUUGUUUCAUAUUCAUUCCUGGUUGUAUCCAGGACAAACAAGUGGUACCUUGUCUCAAUUACCUUCCUGGCCGUUGGGCUGGGACUCACCAUCCCAUCAUUCUUCGAAGCCACUGGCAAGGUAGUCUUGGGAUUGGACCUCUCCACCUGGGACCAGCAAUUAUUGCAUGGUGACACUUUAAUUAUGGGAUGGAUAUUCCCGCUAGGCCAGAUGGGCCUGUUUGUGGACAGAAGCAAUGUGAUUGGACCAGACUCAUUCGUUGGUGAACUGUCAACAGAGAUCUUCCAAUUGUCUUAUAUCAGCUAUUACAUCUGGGGCUACGCAAUGGAGUUGUACAUUCUUUACAAGAUGUGGAGGUGCUAUCGCUCCAAGAACCUGGAAGAGACACUACAGAUGCCCAUCUGGGACCAGCGCCUCAAGAUGUUCAUCUGCACCUGGAUCAGCUCCUACUUCAUUGUGUUCUCGAUCAAUAUGAUCUUCCCCGCGCAGAGCCCGCGCGUCUUCCUCAGCGACGAGUACGUCAACAAGCUCAACGGCUUUGGCCUGGCAGGCUUGAUCCGCAGCAAGAUCGAGAACGCCGCCAAGGGCAGCUUUGGCUCAUUCCCCAGUGGCCACAUCGCCACCAGCUGGUCGAUUGCAUUCGCCGCGUACAAGAUCGUGCCAGUGUACGGCGUGAUCAGUGGCUUUGCAGCGUUCCUCAUCACAAUUGCUACAAUGUAUCUGCGCUACCAUUAUGUCGUCGACUUUUUGGCGGCUGUGCCCGUGGCCUUCCUGUGUCUACUGUUUGGCGGCUUCUACUCACUGUCUGGCAUGAGGGACAGCAUUGUAAACACAUACAGAUCGAUCAAAGCUAAGUUUAGCAAGAACAAAUAUCAACUGGCUCAAUAA